AAGAAGAUACAGAGAAACACACUGUUCUUAUACUUAACAACAGCUCUAGACCUUUUCUAAAUUCAUUCAUUCAUUCAUUCAUUCAUUUAUUUAUUUAUUUAUUUAUUCAGUGUUUCGUUUUACCUCUCCACAGUUACAAUGAAGCGGGUUAAUCUGUGUAGUCCUACUGUGGACGCCAUGUUGGAUUUCCACCAUUACUUUAUUGACUUUGUAUCUUUUAAUUUGAUAAUAUUGAAGAAAUGAAGUGCUAUGUUUUAUUUAUACUUGCAAUAAUCAUUGGAAAUUUUUAAAUAAGUAAGAGGAAAAUGUAUUCAAGAUUAUAAAUAGAUAUUUACUUUUUACUUGAAGUUUAUUUUACUGUGUUUGGUGUUUGGCUUUUACUAACACAGCCUUAGCCUUAAAGAUUAAAAUCCAGCCUGAAUGACUUGCCUAUUACUAUUUAUAAUUAAUUUAAGUUAAUUAAGUGGCAUCCAGAAUUUAUUUUGUAAAGAAAUUCGGCAUACCUGUUGACAUGUUGGGUCUAUUUUUUUUUCUUUUACAUUACCCAAAAUGUAAAGGUGCCUUGCUUCAACACUACCUAAAGAGAGCAAUACAGCAGCACUUUAGUACUUUAGCCUGUCUAGCUCUCUCACAUUCUCACCUGUACACUCUGCUCAAAAAAGUUCAGCUUCCAAACCUUCAAAUUGCAAGCUAAUACCGCCAUCAACGGCAUCAUGCUUCUCACCUUAUAGCUCACUUACUAUGAGCUCUUGAGCUCUUGUUUUUUUAUUUUUAUGAGCUGACAGUGAAAACUGGCUGUGAUCCCUUAUGUCUGAGAUUAUUGAUUUUUUUUUUUUUCCAAUUAAAUGUCACUGUAACUGCACUAGCAAUAAGCAACAGACAACCGCUAGCAUUUCACCGGAAUAAUGAAAAUACAGCAGCAACCAACAAAUUAGCACCAGAAUCUAUGCACUGUGUAUUUCCAUGGACCGAAAGCUGAUGGAGCAACAAAGAGAGGAAGAGGAACGAAGGAGAGAGAAGGCCCAGGAGCUUGUGCAGUAUCGGGCAAUAUACCAGCGCUCUGAGGACUCUCGUGAUGCAGACAUUAAUUAUAAUCACCAAGGGGGACCCAGUGUCAGCUUAGUCAAUCAGGAGACACUGGGACCUGCCAGUAUGCAGGUUUUUCAGGGAGAAGGAGUUGGGGAAAAUGAAUGGAAGAAGUAUCAGGUGGAGCAGAAUGAGAGAACGCUUAGAGCUCAAAGGGAGGAGCGAGAGAAAUGUCAGAAAGAGCAGAAACACAAAGAGUUGCUGAGAGGUCUGGACCUGAUCCAGCAGGACCUGAGAGCAAUACAGCUGGAUGCUCUGGAGGAAGAGUGUAAAAAAGCUGCCCUCACUGCCCUCAAAAGCUACAACCUGGCUCAGGCAGAAGAAAGGCAGGAGCGAGAGAGGCAAGACAAUCAGAAGCACGAGGGCUUGGAACUGGCAGAGGUUCUGCAGAUGGUGACCUCUGACCUCUUGACUGAGUGCCCCGAAGCUGCAGUGAAGGAGGGCAUGGGUUCAGCUGAGGCUCCUCGAGUGCUACCUGAUCGCUGGAAGGGGAUGAGCUCUGAGCAGCUCAGCGCCAUCUACAGGCAGAGAGCAGAACAGUGUGCUGACAGAGAGAGCCAGAGACAGCGGGAGAAGCAGAGCAACCUGGAAUGGGGUUUGCAGCAGCUGGAGCAGGCCAGGCAGCAAGUGGAGGAGGAGAGAAGAGCGAGGGAACUGGAGAGAGAGAGGAGAGCACAACUGGACCAAUACAACCAGCAGCUGGCCAGAGAGCAGCAGGCACACAAUCAGUACCUCAAUAAUGAAGUUUACACUAACCGGCCUACUGUGCGCUACUUCAGCCAGUUCAGCACAAGCUCUCGCUAAGGGUCUCACCAUCAUCAGGUCAACUCUGGAUGUUUGAGUUUCACAGAACUUUAAGCUUGUUUCACCAUUUUAAGUAACAAUACAUUUUCAGAAACAGCAGGAAAAUAAUCUUCACUAGAGACUCAAUAACAUUAUAAAUGAGGAUAGAAGAUGUA